UAACAAUAGUAGCACGGUAUGAAUGGGAAACAAGGCGACUUGUGUGAAACAGUAUUUGCCGUGUCAAGAGUGCUGCUGAUCUGUUUUUUUCCCAACACACUGAAAGUCAUGCUGUUGAAAGUAGUGGUAGUUGUAGCUGUCAAAAAGCGAAAAGGAGACACAACAUUUUGUACAAACAGCUUGCGUUUGGAUAGUAUACAAAGCAGCUCUAAAAGAAACUCAGGAAAGAUGGGUUGAACUUCAACAAUAUUACACGAGCGCAAAUAUUGAUGCAAUCGUGUCCGACUAGAGUUUUGGUUUGACUCUGAAAAUAAAGUCCAACUUUUGGCA